AUGUCUGGAGAGCUUUCGGCUAAUCUGGAAGAUGCACGUAACACAUAUGUGAACAUUUUGUGGGAAAAAAGGUUCAAAAACCUUACCGUAGUACCAAGUUACGUUCAAGAGAAGAUUGAUCAACGGAAGACAGCGUUCAGACGUCAUCAGGAGCUCCAGGAGAGCUUCAAGCACGAUAAAAGUCUAGACAGCGGUGCCUUAAUUAAGUAUCAAGACCCGCAAGAUCUAAAGGGUACUGUUAAAGCAGCAGUGGGUGCUGUGUACGGUGAAAACGACUUGUUUUCCAGCUCCUUGGCAGAGCGUCAUAAUCAACUCCUGGCCGUCCAGCCGAAUUGGCAUGCACCCUGGAAACUUAUGCGGGUCAUUAACGGUCACAACGGCUGGGUCAGGUGCGUGUGUGUUGACCCUGUGGAUAACGAAUGGUUUGCAACUGGGAGUAAUGAUACUACGGUCAAAGUAUGGGAUCUGGCUACAGGGAAGCUUAAACUGACGCUUUUAGGGCACGUCAUGACGGUGCGGUCUAUAGCGGUUUCUCAAAACCACCCUUUGAUGUUUUCUGCGAGCGAAGACAAACUGGUAAAAUGCUGGGAUCUCGAAACCAACAAGGCCAUUAAAGACUUCCAUGGACACUAUUCGGGCGUCAAUUCGGUCGACGUGCACCCCACACUAGAUCUUAUAGCGAGCGCUGGUCGGGAUGCGGUGGUCAGGUUGUGGGACAUUAGGACUCGACUUCCGGUAAUGACGCUUGGGGGCCACAAAGGCCCCAUCAACCAAGUUAAGUGCUUUGGGGUUGACCCACAGAUUGUCAGCUGCUCAGCGGAUGCUACUGUGAGAUUGUGGGAUGUGCGGGCUGGCAAAAGCGCCAAAAUUUUGACUCACCACAGCAAAAAUAUCAGGGCAAUAGCUGCGAGUCCCAUCGAGUCUUCGUUUGUCUCAGCGUCCACGGGGGACAUUCGAUCGUGGCGAUGCAAGGACGGUCAGCUUCUGACCAAUUACGACUCGGAAAGUCUCGGCAUUAUCAAUUGUUUGUCAGAAAACUCUGACGGAGUGUUGUUUGCCGGCACGGACAACGGUAACUUGGCAUUUUUCGAUUACGAGACUGGUCACAAGUACCAGGAGCUUCCGACGGUCAAGAUUCCUGGCUCUUUAGACAGUGAGCGGGGAAUUUUGGCCGGUUCUUUCGAUCAAAGUGGUUUGAGACUAAUCACUGGCGAAAGCGAUAAGAGCAUCAAGGUCUGGAAGCAGGAUGACACUGCUACACCUGAGACCCACCCAGGACUGCCGUGGAACCCUAGCAUUGACUCUCAAAGAUUUUAA